AUGCUAACAACUCUCGUCUCUCUCGUCUCACUAUUUCUCAUCCCAUUACGAUCCUAUGCCGCACCUAGUGCCACCAGUUCCGCCGCUCCUAACCCCGGAGCCACCUCCACUGCAAGUUUGAACUCGCUCGCUCAGUCCAUUGGGAAGGCAUACUUCGGCUCUGCAACUGACAACCCCGAGUUCACCGAUGCCGCAUAUCUUGCUAUCCUGAGCGACAACGCUAUGUUUGGACAGAUCACACCUGCGAAUGCGUGGAAAUGGGACGCUACUGAACCCGAGCAGGGGGUGUUCACGUUCACGCAGGCCGAUCAGGUCGCUGCGCUUGCACAAGGGAAUGGACAGCUUAUUCGGGGCCAUAACUGUGUGUGGCACCAACAGCUGCCAACUUGGGUGUCCUCCGGAAACUUCACCGCUGCUGAGUUGACGGACAUCAUGACUACGCACUGCACUACAAUACUGGAACAUUUUAAGGGAGACACAUGUGAGUGGCGCCUCAUUGCUUUCGAUAUUGUCAACGAGCCCUUCAAUGAUGACGGUACCUUCACCUCAGACGUCUUCUUCAACACCCUCGGCUCCUCCUACAUCGGCACCGUCCUCACCGCCGCCCGCGCCGCCGAUCCCUCCACACACCUCUACAUCAACGAAUUCAACCUCGAAUUCGCCGGCGUCAAAUCCACCGCUAUGGCCAACCUCGUCUCGUCGCUCAAAUCCGCCGGCACCCCGCUCGACGGUAUUGGGUUCGAAAGCCAUCUGAUCGUAGGGCAAGUACCGACCGAUUUUCAGCAACAGCUGGAGAGCUUCACGGCGUUGGGCGUAGAGGUUGCUGUUACGGAGCUGGAUAUUAGGAUGACGCUGCCGGUGACGGAUGCGCUUUUGGCGCAGCAGCAGGCGGAUUAUCAAAGUGUGGUGAGCGCGUGCAAGGCGGUUAGUGGGUGUGUUGGGGUCACUAUCUGGGAUUAUACGGACAAGUUUUCGUGGAUCCCUGGAGCUUUCGCUGGUCAAGGGGCUGCAUGUCCAUGGGAUGAUAACCUGGUCAAGAAGCCUGCUUUCGACGGUAUUGUAGCUGGCUUGCAGAGCUGA